CCCAUUCACUGCUCGGGAAAAGAUAGGACCACGCCUAUUCGGCACUACGCACGCGCAGAAUUGUUCGCCGGUCUGCGGCGGAAGACUUCGCCCCAGAGGCCUGUCAAUCAGCCUGCCGCUACAGGGAAGAUGGCGGCGCCCGUAAGGUCCGCGGAGUAGCUGAGCCGCGGUGGUUACUCUGCGCCGAGCUUCACGCCCCCCCACCUGUGGUUUUUUUGUCGUCGUGCCUGACGCUUCCCUCGAGAUUUCCAGAUGUUGCCGCUCAGCCGUAGGUGGCGCCGGUUUGCGGCGACCCCGGUCUCCGCGAGCUGGUUCCAGUGCACAAGGAAAGACGCAACCUCGGCCCAUCAUGACGUCAGCACUCCGAAGUAUGACGUCGUGGUCAUCGGUGGUGGUCACGCCGGCACGGAAGCGGCCUCGGCGGCAGCCAGGCUGGGCGCGCACACUCUGCUGCUCACGCACAAAAUAGACACCAUAGGACAAAUGUCAUGCAACCCUUCCUUUGGUGGAAUUGGAAAAGGGCAUCUGGUAAGAGAGGUGGAUGCACUGGAUGGGCUCUGUGCUAGAAUCUGUGAUCGGUCUGGAGUGCAUUACCGUGUCCUGAACAAGAGGAAGGGACCAGCUGUCUGGGGUCUCCGUGCCCAAAUUGACAGGAAGCUCUACAAAGAGAAUAUGCAGAAAGAGAUUCUCCAAACUCCACUUCUGACAGUGUGGGAAGCAUCUGUGGAGGAUCUCCUACUGACAGCGCCAGAAUCAGAUCAUCCUGGGAAAUGCUGCGUCCGUGGAGUAAUCCUGGAUGAUGGAAGGACAGUGCAUGCUGGGAGUGUUGUUCUGACCACAGGAACAUUUCUGAGAGGGAUGGUCCUAAUUGGAUUGGAAACGCAUCCUGCUGGGCGUAUGGGAGACCGGCCCUCCAUUGGCCUUGCCCAGACUCUGGAAAGACUUGGAUUUACUAUAGGAAGGCUAAAGACUGGGACUCCACCCCGACUACUGAAGGACUCCAUUGACUUCACUGACCUGCAGAAACAGGAACCGGACCGCCCUCCUGUGCCAUUCAGUUUCCUUAGUGAAGCAGUGUGGAUUAAGCCAGAAGAUCAACUGUUCUCCUACCUGACUCACACGAAUCCCAAAGUAGAACAGAUGGUCCGUGACAAUCUCCACCUGACCGCCCACAUCAAAGAGACGACAAGAGGACCUCGGUACUGUCCCUCCCUUGAGUCUAAAGUUCUACGUUUCCCAGAUCGUACGCAUCAGAUCUGGCUCGAGCCUGAAGGCCUGGAUUCCAAUGUCAUCUAUCCACAAGGAAUAUCCAUGACAUUGCCGUCUGAGAUCCAAGAGGAGAUCAUCCCACACAUUAGGGGCUUGGAAAAAGCUAAAAUGAUGCAGCCAGGCUAUGGUGUUCAGUAUGAUUUUCUGGACCCACGUCAGCUGACUGCCUCCCUCGAGUCUCAUCUUGUUCAGCGGCUCUUCUUUGCAGGACAGAUAAACGGCACAACAGGCUAUGAGGAGGCUGCAGCCCAGGGUAUCAUUGCUGGAAUAAAUGCUGGUCUGCGGGUCAAAGGGAAACCUCCUUUUAUUGUUAGUCGCACUGAGGGUUACAUUGGUGUUUUGAUCGAUGAUCUUACCACUCGCGGUACGAAUGAGCCCUACCGAAUGUUCACCAGCCGAGUUGAGUUCCGGAUGGCCCUGCGGCCAGAUAAUGCUGACACUAGGCUCACUGUCCGAGGUUAUCAUGAAGCUGGCUGUGUGUCCCAAAAGCGAUAUGACCAAGUAUGUUGGAUGAAAGCAAAGUUGGAAGAAGGAAAGGAAGCUCUGAAGUCUGUUCGUUUCGACCCUGCAAAAUGGUCUGAGCUAAUUCCAGAGGCAACCAUAAGUCCUCAACGUAACACAGUUUGCAGUGCUCUGGACAUCCUUGUGUACCAAAAUAUCAAUAUGGAGAUUUUGGCAAGAGCUGUUCCAGAGCCCCUGAAAAAGUUUGCUGAGAUGAGACAAGUAGCAGAUAGACUGAAAAUAGAAGCUCUUUAUGAAAUGAGUGUGUCCCUUCAGAAGCUAGAAAUAGAGGAAGUCCGUCAAGAUGAGGCUCUACAGCUGCCAGAAGAUCUGGAUUAUUUUAAAAUAAAUACAUCUUUAUCGGAUGAAGUGCGGGAGCUAUUGGACUCCUGUCGUCCUCAGACGAUUGGUGCUGCCAGUCGUAUCCCUGGAAUUACACCAGCUGCUCUUCUUAAUCUACUGAAAUUUGUGAAAAAAAGUCAGAAAAGCGCAGAAAGAAGAGAGUCACCCAGAAAUUUUGGACCCUUAGCAAAGACAGAGCCGUUAGGAGAAAAAAGGGUUUCAAACUGCUAAGAUGAACAUUGCUUUUUAAGCUAAAUCCAUUGAAGAGUUAUUCAUGUAUGUUCUUGGAGCACAUACACAUAUUUUGCUGUAUGUACUGUAUAUUUAAUCCAGUAAAUACGGAGACAUGUCA